AUGUCGAAUACUAGCAACCUCAAGCAGGCUAUUCUAGAGAAACUACGAAGUAACGGUACCCUAGAUCGAAUACAGGCUGAAUUAAGAUAUGCCAUAUUUCUGGCUAUCGAAAAUGCUGAAGAAAAUAAGUCCGAAGGCAAUGUCAACCUUGAGCAAAAACCUGAAUAUUCUAUCAUCUACCAUUUUCUGAGGCAGAAUCGAUUUCUAGCAACAGCAGCAGUUUUUGAAAAAGAGAUGCAACAGGAAAUUAUUAGUUUGGAAAAGCUGAGAGAAGAAAAAGAUGCUUCAGCAUACUGCCUCAAAAUUUCUGAUGAUGAUAUUACGCUUAGCAUCUUAAAUACACAAAACAAAAACAACGUGGUAGAUUAUCAAGAUGCAAGGCAUGAUUGUAUGAAUCGAAACAACUGGAAGAUAGAAAAGCCUGAUUUCGAUCAAUUUAAUAGCGACGUGAGAGCAAAUAGCUUGGCGCAUGAAAAUAGAGCGGGUCUUGUCGGAAAACAAAAAUCACCAGUUAAUAACGAAUCAAAUGAUACAUUAAAAAACUCAGAUUUGAGUGCAGCAUCAAACGUUUCAACAAAAACGCUGACUGACAGUAUUGUGCAUAACAUGGAAAAGAAGAAUAAUGAUAAUGAAUUUGAAACCAAUCUCUCAUUAUUCAAACUCAUGACUGCUGGUGGGAGAAGAAAAUAUAACAAAGAAAGUAGCAUUUCAAGCACAAGUAUUGCUUCGUCCAUUUCGAGCCAAAAGAAGGAAACUUCAGUACCAAAAGUUCCUCUGCUGAAAUCUCCAACACUACCAUCUCACCCCAGAAAACUUCCGCCCAUCGAUAUCACACGCAGUGAAACAGCACUUCCAUCUCGAACAACACUAAAAAUCUCCCAGCUAAAGCAGAAAGAAAGCUUAUCUUCUCAAUUUGAUGCAUUACUAGAUUCCCCAUCAUCAACUAAGCACUCCAUAAAUGAGGAUAUGAUAUGA